AACGUAUAUUGCCUUGCACACCGCACCAGCUGCAGUUUCUCCUUUCCUCGCGCGGCAUUCGUCGAACGUUCCAUCAGUUUAUAGUUCUCUUUUGUAAAUGCGAAAUAAUGGCUGCAGAUCAGGCUCAGUUUCACCAGCUGCUAAAUUCCCUGCUCUCGACCGACAACGAUGUCCGAACGCGGGCGGAGGAGGCCUACAACAACAUACCAUGUGAAGGCAAGGUGACACAUCUGCUGGGUGCAAUCCAGAACCCGCAAAUGUCCGAGGAAGCACGGAUGAUGGCUGCAGUCCUGUUGAGAAGGUUGUUUUCUGCCGAAUUCCAAGAGUUCUACAAUCCGCUACCACCGGAAUCGAAGGAACAGUUGAAGCAGCAGGUACUGCUUACGUUGCAGCAGAACGAAAGUCCUAGCCUUCGGCGAAAGAUCUGCGAAGUUGUGGCCGAAGUUGCACGCAAUCUGGUUGACGACGACGGAAAUAACCAGUGGCCCGAAUUUCUGCAGUUCCUGUUUCAGUGCGCCAGUGCUCCGAGUGUGCAGUUGCAGGAAUCAGCCUUGAGAAUUUUUUCCUCGGUUCCGGGAAUUUUCGGCAAUCAGCAGAACCAACAUUUGCAGCUGAUCAAACAAAUGCUCAUCAAAUAUUUGGAUCCCACAUCUGAUCCGGAGGUACGCUUCCAGGCAGUACGGGCAGUGGGAGCGUUCAUUCUGCUGCACGACAAAGAAGACGACGUCCAGCGACAGUUUCACGAUCUUCUACCGAGAGUGAUUAUGAUUACUGCCGAGAGUAUCGAUCAGCAAGACGAUCAAACUUUGAUCAAGUUGCUGAUUGAUAUGGCCGAGAGUGUUCCUAAGUUCUUGCGGUUACAGUUGGAGCCGAUUUUCGAAAUGUGCAUGAAAGUUUUCAGCAGCCCGGACGUAGAGGACAGCUGGCGUCAUUUGGCUCUCGAAGUAAUGGUAUCACUGUCGGAAAAUGCAGCUGCAAUGGUUCGUAAACGAGCGGACAAGUACAUUGCCUCCUUGAUACCGCUGGUGCUGCAAAUGAUGACCGAUCUGGAGGAUGACGAAGAAUGGUCCGUCUCGGAUGAAAUCUGCGAGGAUGAUACUAGUGACAAUAACGUGAUUGCGGAGUCGGCUCUAGAUCGUUUGGCUUGCGGGUUGGGCGGAAAAGCCGUUCUGCCUCACAUAGUCGGAAACAUUCCGAACAUGCUCAACAGUCCGGACUGGAAACAGCGUCAUGCCGCUCUGAUGGCCAUUUCGGCUGCCGGCGAAGGCUGUCACAAGCAGAUGGAAACCAUGCUGGAGAAUAUUAUGCAAGGCGUGCUCAAGUUCCUGAUGGAUCCGCAUCCCCGAGUGCGCUACGCUGCCUGCAAUGCGAUCGGACAGAUGGCAACCGACUUUGCACCGAUAUUCGAGAAAAAAUUCCACGAACAGGUGAUUCCGGGUUUGCUGAGUUUGCUCGACGAUGUCCAGAAUCCACGUGUGCAGGCGCAUGCUGGAGCAGCGCUAGUCAAUUUUAGCGAAGAUUGUCCGAAGAAUAUAUUAACUCGGUACUUGGAUGGUAUCAUGGCCAAACUGGAAGCGAUUCUGACCACCAAGUUCAAGGAGCUGGUUGAGAAGGGUACCAAGCUGGUGCUGGAACAGGUCGUUACCACCAUUGCUUCGGUGGCCGACACCACGGAGAAAGAUUUCGUUGGUUACUACGAUCGACUGAUGCCCUGCCUGAAGUACAUCAUUCAGAACGGAAAUACCGAAGAACUGCGUUUGUUGCGCGGUAAAACCAUCGAGUGUGUAUCGUUGAUCGGUUUGGCCGUCGGAGCCGAGAAGUUCAUGUCCGACGCAUCGGAUGUGAUGGACAUGCUGCUGAAAACACACACCGAAGGUGACUUACCGGAUGAUGAUCCGCAGACUUCUUAUCUGAUCUCAGCUUGGGCGCGUAUUUGCAAGAUUCUUGGUAAACAAUUCGAACAGUAUCUGCCGCUGGUGAUGGGUCCGGUUAUGCGAACGGCUUCGAUGAAACCGGAAGUGGCCCUGCUGGAUAACGAUGAAGUGCAGGAUGUUGAGAGCGAUAAUGACUGGCAGUUUGUUAAUUUGGGCGAACAGCAGAAUUUCGGAAUUCGUACUGCGGGUUUGGAAGAUAAGGCAUCGGCCUGUGAAAUGUUGGUUUGCUACGCUCGGGAACUGAAAGAUGGCUUUGCCAACUACGCUGAAGAGGUCGUUCGCUUGAUGGUACCGAUGUUGAAGUUCUACUUCCAUGAUGGAGUCCGUACAGCCGCGGCCGAAUCCCUACCCUAUCUUUUGGAUUGUGCUAAGAUUAAGGGACCCACUUAUUUGGAAGGCAUGUGGCUAUACAUCUGUCCGGAACUUCUCAAAGCGAUCGAUUCCGAACCGGAACCGGACGUUCAAGCCGAACUACUUCAUUCGCUAGCAAAAUGCAUCGAAACCCUUGGGGCUGCUUGUCUAUCGACGGAAGCUAUGGACGAAGUGCUGAAACUCAUAGACAAGUUUAUGAAUCAACAUUUCCAGAAGGAGGAUAAGCGUGCCCUGGCUCGCAAGGAAGAGGACUACGACGAUGGCGUUGAAGAACAGCUGGCCGAAGAGGACGACGCAGAUAUCUAUCUGUUAUCAAGAAUAUCCGACAUCAUUCACGCGCUGUUCCUCACCUACAAGGACGGAUUUUUACCAUUUUUCCAACAGGUUGUGCCGCACUUUGUCAAAUUAUUGGAUCCAACAAAGGCGUGGGCCGACCGACAGUGGGGAUUGUGCAUAUUCGACGAUCUUAUUGAGUAUACUGGUCCAAUGUGCGCACAGUAUCAAGUUUACUUCUUACAACCGAUGCUGGAAUAUAUCAAAGACAAACAACCGGAAGUACGACAAGCAGCGGUGUACGGAUGUGGCGUUUUGGCACAGUUCGGUGGUGAUCAGUUUGCAAUGACGUGUGCACAGGCCAUUCAACUGCUGGUCGAAAUCAUUAUGAUGCCCGGAAGUCGUGAGCCGGAGAAUGUGAACCCGACAGAAAAUGCUAUCUCUGCUGUGACCAAGAUCCUGAAAUAUAACAACAAAUCCAUCACAAAUCCGGACGAGAUUAUCGCUCUCUGGUUCUCUUGGUUACCGGUGGUGGAAGACGACGACGAGGCAAUCCACGUGUAUGGAUAUCUGUGUGAUCUGAUUCAAGCGAACCAUCCGGUAGUGCUGGGCGAGAACAACUCGAACUUACCGCGAAUCGUGUCGAUCUUCGCUGAAGCGUUCUAUCGGGAAGCAAUGUCUGCCGGGCAUCCGGACUCGACACGGAUGCUGGCAAUUGUGAAGCAAAUCGAAGCCAGUCCUGACAUUUUCCAGGCGUGCAUAAAUCAGUUGACGGCGGAACAGAAAACGGCCCUAGAGGAGGCCUAUCGAACUGUGGCUGCUGCAACACAGUAAGCGAAGGAGACGAAGGAGAAGAAGCAGAAAAAAAACACCACACUUGUAAUGGGGUUUUUGAGUGAAUAGGUUUUAAAACGAUACGAGCGACUGUGAAAGCAUGAUACGUGUGUAAUGUGAGAAAGAGAGCGCAGAAUUCCAACGGCAGCCCGUUGAUGUUCUAGACCGGAACGGAUUUGCGAUAAGUUAGUUAUUCUUUGAAUUUUCGUCGGGUUCGAUCCUUAAGUACGACAUAUGCAGGAACAAAUUUAAGAUGGAAUGAAGUCACGAUACAGGAUCAAGCCGCCAAUGCACCCCCUUAUAUGGCUCUAACGAGAUUGAGUUAAGAGAAUAUUAUAUAUAAAAUUAUAUAGUCGUUUCUCUGCAGCAUACACUCUAGCAUUCUACCGAGAUUUAUUUUGUAAUUAUUUAAUCGUAUCUGUUGAUUUUCCUUUCCAACACGACGUAUAGCACUACAGUUUUAGACAAUUUCGAUUGAUACCUUCGUCAGUUAGAAGAUGUAUCGCAAUAAAAUAAGACCCGCUUAACAUAUUAAAAAAAAACCUUUCAGAACUGGGAUUUUAUGUUGGUUAUUUUACAACGGAUAGCAACAAUUGAAAGCGAAACCACGUUGGUUUAUAACGCUUAGCGCAAUAGUAAACUUCGUUCCGAUAUGGAAUUCAGAAAUGUUCGGUUUAUAAAUAUUGUGAUCAGCGCGCGGGACCUCUAGGAGCAGAAAUUUUUAGAGGAAAAAAAAUAUUACCAAUCAAUAGUUUUUCACGCCAACCAAGUUGGAUAAUGUUUGUUAAUAAGCAUUUCUUUUUUAACCUGGUGAUGUUACCGGAAAUAUUGUUGUUAUUUCGGCUUCAUAUGACCUUUCAUUUGUCAGGGCUUGAUUCUCUUGGUUGUUCGCUAAUCGCGCAUUCGUCCGUCGAGUUCGCACACUUGUUUGGGAUAGUUCAUAUUCCUCACUGCAAAUAAAAUAUUCGCAAAACUAGCUUCGAGAGCAAAAGUGGCAUUUCAUUCUUCUGUAGUUUAGUUCCACGUUGGGUUACUCCUGGUGUGUCGUUAUUGAAUUGGGAAUCACAUUUCCGCAUGUAACUAUAAUAUUUUUGCACGUUUUCCAUAUUAAAAGGGCAAAUUCUAUAUAUUACAACAAUGAUGAAUAAACAAAAUCUACAAUUCGAACUCAUGUUUAGA